UAAGCCAAUCAGCGUCGCCGCGGUCCCGCUUCUGAAGCCCCGGGUCACCUACCUGGACUCAGAUUCUCCCCAGACGCGGAUGAUGGGAUCAUGGGGCCGCGAACCCUCCUCCUGCUGCUCUCGGGGGCCCUGGCUCUGACUGAGACCUGGGCGGGCUCCCACUCCUUGAGGUAUUUCUACACCGCCGUGUCCCGGCCCGGCCGCGGGGAGCCCCGCUUCAUCGCCGUGGGCUACGUGGACAACACGCAGUUUGUGCGGUUCGACAGCGACGCCGCGAGUGGGAGAGGGGAGCCUCAGGCGCUAUGGAUGGAGCACGAGGGCCCGGAGUAUUGGGAUCGGGAGACACUGACCCUCAGGGCCAGCGCGCAGACUCACCGAGGGAACCUGCGGACCCUGCGCGGCUACUACAACCAGAGCGAGGCCGGGUCUCACACUCUCCAGACGACCUAUGGCUGCGACCUGGGGCCUGAUGGGCGCCUCCUCCGCGGGUAUUACCAACAUGCCUAUGACGGCAAGGAUUACAUCGCCCUUAACGAGGACCUGCACUCUUGGACAGUGACUGACACGGCUGCCCAGAUCACCCAGCGCAAGUUGGAGGCCACCCAUGAGACGGAGGGGCUCAGGGCUUACCUGGAGGGCACAUGCCUGAAGUGGCUCCGAAGAUACCUGGCCAAGGGGAAGGAGACACUGCAGCAUACGGACCCCCCAAAGACCCAUGUGACCCACCACCCCAUCUCUGACCAUAAGGCCACCCUGAGGUGCUGGGCCCUGGGCUUCUACCCUGCGGAGAUCACACUGACCUGGCAGCGGGAUGGGGAGGACCAAACUCAGGAGGCUGAGCUUGUGGAGACCAGGCCUUCAGGGGAUGGAACCUUCCAGAAGUGGGCUGCUGUGUUGGUGCCUUCUGGAGAAGAGCAGAGAUACACGUGCCAUGUGCAGCAUGAGGGGCUGCUGGAGCCCCUCACCCUGAGAUGGGAGCCGUCUUCCCAGCUCACCAUUCCUAUUGUGGGCAUCAUUGCUGUGGCUGUCCUAGGAGCUGUAGUCAUCGGAGCUGUGGUCACUGCUGUGAUGUGGAGGAGGAAGGGCUCAGGUAUCGACAGUGCCCAGGGAUCUGAUGUGUCUCUCAUGGCUUGUAAAGUCUUCCAGCCCACCCUCCCCAUUGUGGGCACCACUGCUGGCCUGGUUCUCUUUAUAGUUGUGGGCACUGGAGCUGUGGUGGCUACCCUUGUGAUGUAGAGGAGGAAGAGCUCUGGUAUGUAAGGGGUGGAGUUUGCAUUUUCUUGUUCCUUUGGGCCUCCUUAAUGAAAAGUACCACACAUACACAAAGCGCGCGCGCGCGCACACACACACACACCCACACACACACACACACACACACACAGCACAAACACUCAUGCUCAUGGUCCCUGUAUGCUAAACUUUCUGUAAUGUAAAGCACUGGUGAAGAUAAAGGAUGCAUCACCUUGAUGAAUCUAGAGAUGGGACCUGAUUCCCAGCAGUCAUUGGUCAGAGGGGAAGGACUCUGCUGAGGACAGACCUCCAGCCACCCGAGAGGGCAGGUGGUCCAGCCCCUGUACAUCUCCUGUUCUUGAUUUUCUGAUCAUGCCCUGGGUCUGAUUACAGAUCCAAAUAGAAAAAAGUUGAACUUCAGCACAUUAAAAACUUGUGUGCAUCGAAAGACAUUAUCAGUACAGUGAAAAGACAAUUCAUAAAAUGGCAGAAGAUAUUUGCCAAUUACACAUCAGGGGCUAGUAUUCAGAUACAUAAAGAAAUCUUUACAUUUCAAUAGCAAAAGGCAAAUAAUCCAGUCACAAAUGGGCAAAGGACUUGUACAGACAUUUACUCAAAGAAGAGACAUAAGCAGCCAAGAAACAUAGGAAAAUAUGAUCAGCAACAUUAGCCAUUUCAGAAAUGCAAAGUCAACUGCAAUGAUACGGCUAUGGUAAUAACUUUUUUUUUAAAAUAGCAAAUGUUAGGAAGAAUGUGGAGAAAUUAGAAGCUUCAUCCCACUAUGUUUUUAGAAAUAUAAAAUGGCCAGCUGAGGUUCUUGAUUGGUGGAAGCGUUCCUCUCUUGGGAAAUCCACUAAGCCCAAGAUGGCAGGGAUGGGAAGCAGAAAAAUUUUAAGUAAUUAAUAGGUGUAAUUGUUCAAGAACAUUUAUUACAUAAUAAAUUAUCUCAGCUUUUUUAGUGAAAAUGAUUCUAAGUUUGUUCAUCUUUUCAUACAUUCCAUAAAUUGUACAGUAUAUUAUAACACACUGGCAGUCUCAGCUACUUCAAAGGCUGAGGCGGGAAGAGUUAAAGACCAGUCUGGAGCAAUAUAGCAAGGACCCUUAUCUUAAAAAAAAUGUGUUUAAAUACAUUGUAUGAGUUAUUCUAUAUCUUUUGCGUUUUCAUAUACACAGUACAUCAGUUCAUUAAGUUCUGUCAAAAGGCCUCCUAGAAUUCUGUUUGGUAUUUGAAUCUCUGGAUUAAUUUGGAGAGUAUCACAUUUUAACUAUGUGCAGUCUUGCUCUCCAUGAACAGGGGAUAUAUGUAUGUCGAUCCUCUAUACACCCUUUCCACAGUCUGUCUUGGUUUCCAGUGUCUUGUAUUUCAGAGUUCAUAAACAUUUAUAAGGUUUAUGUUUCUGAUACUAAUGUACUUGGAAAAAAAUUUAAAUGUAAAUUGUUAUCUUUGUGUAUUGCUUAUAUAUGUUAUUUGGGGUGUGCUAUUGUUCUUUUUUUUUCUUUUCUAUUUUAUUCAUUUGUGUUUGGUUUUGAUUUUCAAUUACUCUUGUAGCCUAAAAUUGUUUUGGUAAUUUUUCAUUAAAGAUCUUUGUACUGUUAGCCUUGAAUAAAAAGAGCCUGUAACUUUUUUCCAUGCUUCUUUUCUUUUCUCAAUUUGGUUAUUUUAAUUUCCAGUACAUUUGUCCAUUUCAUAGAAGUUGGCAAAAAAUACAUAAAAUAUUAUCUUCUUAUUCUUUUAAUGGAAGUAGGAUCUUUGGUAAUAAUCCUUUUUACAUUCCAGAUACUGGUAAUUUUUGUCCUCUCUUUUUUUCUUUAACAGUCUAACUAGAGGUUUGUCAGUUUAAUGAAGAUUCAAAUUUGCCUCUGUUUUCUCUGUUAAUGUCUACCUUAUUUAUUUGAUUUCUUCUCUUUAGGAUUUUCUUCUUUGACUUACUUUUGCAUUAUUUUGCUCUUCUUUUUCUAGUUUUCUAGGGUGGAACUGAUUUUAGGUCUUUCCUCAUUUCUAAUUUAAGCACUUAAGCUUCAUGUUUCCCUCAGAGCACUGCUUGAGCUGCAUCUCACAGAUUUGGAUAUCUUGUUUUGUGAUUAUUCAAUUCAAAAUAUUUUCUUAUUUCCCUGGUGAUUUUUGUCUUUCGCCCUUAAUUUACAUAAAAACAUGUUAUUUCAUUCCAUAUAAUUUGGAUUUCAAAAUAUCUUCUUUGUAUUGAAAUCUAAUGUAAUAUUGUUGUAGUCAGAGAAUACACUCUGAUGAAUUUUAUGCUGUUAAGUUAAUUGAAUUCUGUCUUCCAGCUCAGCACAUUGCUCUAGAAUUGCAUGGUGAAUCUAUCUCAUGUACCAGGGGAAGAAAAGAGUCCCUUCUUCCAUUCUUGGGAGUAAUGGUGCAUAAAUGAAUAUUAGACAAGGGCAGUUGAGAUUCUGUCUCUCCUGACACUUUCAUUACUUCUAUCAAUUGCAGAGAGGGGUAAUAAAAUUUAUACUGAUUAUGGGUAAAAUCAGUCAUGUUUAUCCAUAUCUGGCUCCAAAGUGUCUGCAACCCUCUGUGGGGUAGGUGCAGAUCGCUUCCUGGGAGGACAGAGCCUAAGAGACUUUUUGAUUUCCCCAGAUGCCUACGUUCCAGGGAGGUCAUCUCUGAGCUCUGAGAAGCCUAGGGAUAAGAGUGUCUUGAGAGAAUUGCAGAAAGAAAAUGACUUGUUCUUUUUGCUGGUUCUACUAAAGAGAAGGUGUCCAUACAUCAGACCCAGGGAAGGAGUCUCCAGGCCAGGGAGGACCCAGGGCUCUUGUGCAGCUCCUGCCUAGUGUUCUGAGGUUUCCUCUGCUCUGCAGAGAAUCCCGACCAAAUGAUGCCUGUCACCAAGCAGAUAGGGGCAGGUUAGUCCUUUUGCACACAGGAGGUACCUCGAGUCCCUUGCACUGUCCUGCAAGUUUCCAGCCUGUCUGGAAACAGGAAAAAAAUGCAUUCUGGUGGAAUAAUGCAGUAUUUUGGAGCUCACUGAGCCCAGGGCAUCCACUGCUGAUCUUCUGGCAAGGAAGGAGGUGCCCAGUGAGAUUCUCAGCGCAGAGUGAGAAGUCUCCUAAGGGUGGGAAGAAACAACCAGAACUGGGAAGCUAUUCCUUAUUUCACAGCAAGUACAAACAUAAUGGGAAAGCAUAGAGAAAAAGGAGGAAAUUAUAGGGAAAGGUGCUGGGGUGGGGCGGAGGUGACAAUGUGGGCGGGGUAGACCAAACCCAGCACUGGUGGGGGGUAGGAGAGAGAGGUAUAAUCCUUGAUUAGAAAAUGGGCACUUAAGGGUCAGUAUAGUUACUGAGUGAAAAGGGUUACAUAUGUUUUAAGGACCUUAAAACGUGUUAUACUUUAUCAUUGGAAGUGCAGGGAGAAGAAGGGAAACUGCAUAAUAAAAGCAGACCCAGUGUAGUAGAAUCAGCAGUCAGCCCUGGAAGCUGUUUUCAGUACUCUUUACCCAGGUGUGAGCCCUCUGAGUCCUGGAUUCCCCACUCUCCAGCACCCAAUUCCCUCUCCUGUAAUGAACUGGGGUCAGGAGAAGAGAUGGACAGAUGGGCCAUGCUGAAGGGCCGUCAGUCACCUGUGCCUGCAGAUGAGAAACCGCAGCCUAACCUGACGGGAGGUCAUGCGGAAAGGAGUUUGCACCCAGAGCCCCCAGCUCAGGAUUUCCAUCCCAACUCGAGAUCUCUAAAUACUGAGGGCUCUGCCCAGUCUGGUUUGACCAUGCGCCCCCUUCCCCACACUGUGGGACCCCGGCUUUUCCUCCCAAACUCCACACCCCCAGAUGCUGAUACCAGGCUCAGGCUCAUCGUGGAAGCCGCUCCAUCCGACAUGGCAACAGUUUUGAUUCCGACGCUUUGACAACCUAGUCCAGUCUCCUCUGGAGGGAGACACCGAGCCCUUUGCCGAUGCGCUGGAACUGACUGGGAACAGGCUGCGAUCUCAGAAGGGGUUAGGGCUGGACACCGGAGUCGUCUUCUAACCACCGAGUGGGCUCUAACCACGGAAUUCAACUCUAACCACUGACUCCUCCAGAGGAGGAAGAAAGAAGCCUCUCGGUACACGAAGCUGAAACCGCAAACCGCAGCCAUGGCAGAGAAACCUCAGCUUAAAUAGUGUAGAGCUGUCACUAGGUAUCCGAGGCUUGUAGUCCAGGAGGAGCCCGCGAGGCUGUAGCGGCUGCGAGAUCCGCGCGCGCUCCCGCCCAGCGGAGGCCCCGGGCUCCGGGAACCGGGGCUGCUUCUCUCCGGGGCUCG